CAAACUAGAAGCUCUUCUUUCUUCCUCCUCUCUUCGACCACAAUACAGAGCAAAUUUUCAAGCUCGGAAAUGGCUUUCCACCAAAGGUCGACAAGUUUGCCUUCUAGGCCUCACGUCAGUGAGACCGAAGUCGAGCUAGAGCUUCAGAGCAUAGAAGCAAGCAUCUCUUCCCCUAAUUCCAUCAGCACGAUGUGCGAUGGUCUCAGGACUCUUGCAAACAUCUACGAUGGUCUUGAAGAAAUCAUCUGCCUACCAAACAACCAAGUUUGCUCCUCCCAGCAGAGGAGCAUGUUGGAUGGAGAAAUGGAAGGUUCUCUUGAGCUGCUAGAUCUCUGCAGCGCCAUGCAAGAGAUCUUCGUCGAGAUGAAGGCUAUCAUCCAAGAGCUGCAAGUGGCUCUAAGGAAAGAUGAUGACGCAGCUACUCAGGCCAAGAUCCAAUCCUACACCCGCUUGGUGAAGAAGUCCAAGAAUCUUUUCAAGAAGACCGCGAAGAAGGCUCCUGCAGAUUGUAGCAUGGUCAUGUUGUUGGCCAAGGCUAGAGAGAUCUCUAUGUCUCUGCUGGAGUCCACACUCCAUCUCUUUUCGAAGCAAAUCGAAAUGCCUAAACAGUCUCUUGUUUCCAAGGCAUUUCACAAGAAGAAGGCAGUUGUUUGCAAGGAGGAGCAAUUGUUGGGGCUAGAGUGCAGUAUCGGAGAUCUCGAGAGUGGGGCAGGACAUCUGUUCAGAAAAUUAGUCCAGAGCCGAGUUUCCCUACUCAACAUCCUUAGCUCAUAGAUACUCCCAAGUCACUCUUGGCGCCCUCUGAUUGGCAUCCGCCUUUUUAAGGAAUAGCUGAUCUUCAUACAAUUUUGCCAUAUGUAUACACUAUACUGUACAAAUGUACAUGAUACUACAGAAAGAGAAAGAAAAGUUUUGAUCCA